AUGUCCAGUUGGGUUCAACCAGCGCGCGCGAUUGAAGUAUAUGAAUCAGCACUAAAAAGCAAUCCAAAGGAUGACGCACUGGCGGAGAAAAUAGGCCAAGCAUAUGUGCAAUGUCACCUUUAUACUAAGGCGAUCAACUACUACGAAGCAGCGCUGAAAAGUGGGCGUAAACCACUGAUGCGUAUGCGCUUGGCCGAAUUGCUUUUUGAGCUUGGAAAUUACGAGAAAUGUGAAAAAACGCUACGCCAUGCGCUCGAUGCUGAUUCCAAUCCUGUUGGUGUGCUUUUAUUUUACUUUAUUUUUUCUUCCGGUGUAAGAAAUGAAAAAGAGGGAACCGUAAAUUUGUGA